ACAUUAUGAAGAGGAAAAGAGUGCAGAAGGUGUAGCUAGAAUGAACAGAUGUUGGCAUAUUUGACGUUGUGUCACGUUGUGCGCGAAACUUUAGCCUGAUCUGUGAAAUCGUAUAUCAUUUUUUGCAUUUCCCCUCGUGCAUCGGCAUUGACACACGUACGACGAUUAUAAAAAUUACGUGUUACGUGUUAGCCGUUUGCAUUGUCACCAUCGCGAGAAACGAGCAUGGCCGAGAACAAGCCGAUGGAGGAAUUCGAGCCCUCCAUCAAAAAUGUGAUCGAGCAACGUUCCUUACGAUGGAUAUUCGUGGGCGGCAAAGGCGGAGUUGGAAAAACAACUUGCAGUUGUUCUCUGGCAGUACAAUUAUCCAAGGUUAGAGAGAGUGUACUUAUCAUAUCCACAGAUCCAGCGCAUAAUAUUUCUGAUGCAUUUGAUCAGAAAUUUAGUAAGGUACCCACAAAGGUUAAGGGUUUCGAUAACUUAUUUGCCAUGGAGAUCGAUCCUAAUGUUGGUAUUACAGAAUUACCAGAGGAAUAUUUUGACAGCGAAGGAGUUUCAGGAGGGGAAGCAAUGAGAUUAAGCAAAAAUGUUAUGCAAGAAAUUGUUGGUGCGUUUCCUGGUAUAGACGAGGCAAUGAGCUAUGCAGAAGUUAUGAAGCUUGUGAAGGGAAUGAAUUUUUCCGUUGUAGUAUUUGAUACUGCACCUACUGGACAUACUCUAAGGCUACUAUCAUUUCCACAAGUGGUUGAAAAAGGAUUGGGGAAAUUAAUGCGUUUGAAAAUGAAGAUUAGUCCUUUUAUUACACAGAUAAGUUCAUUGUUGGGAAUGGCAGAAUUCAAUGUAGAUACAUUUUCCAAUAAGAUGGAGGAAAUGCUUGCUGUCAUUCGACAAGUUAAUGAACAGUUUAGAAAUCCCGAUCAGACGACUUUUAUAUGUGUCUGCAUAGCAGAAUUUCUAUCGCUAUACGAGACAGAACGACUUGUACAAGAAUUAACAAAAUAUGGUAUCGACACCCAUAAUAUUAUAGUGAACCAACUGUUAUUCUUAAAAGAAGGAGAUACCCCUUGUCGACUUUGCCUUGCAAGGCAUAAAAUUCAAGAUAAAUAUCUAGAUCAGAUAUUGGAUCUUUACGAGGACUUCCAUGUCACACGGCUUCCUUUACUGGAAAGGGAAGUGCGCGGAGCUCAACAGGUCAGGGAAUUUUCGGAAAAUCUUAUUAAGCCAUACAAGCCUUAGCAUUUAUGUAAUUAAUGAUUAAUAAUACAAUAUACACUUUAUAACUAAUUCGAAGUUUUAUACACUUGCAACUUCGCGCGUUGGAAAUUUGUAUAAAGAAAGCUGAAUCUUUAUUAUACUGCUCGAUGUUUGUUAUUGCACAUGUUAAUAAAUUCAGUGUUGCAUUUGCGCGCACUAUGUAUUUGCAAUAUUUAAUUUAUAUAAGUUAGCUUAGAGAGAAUAGAAUAUUUAUAUAUAUAUACACAGACGAAAAAAAAAUGCGUAUUUGAAACAAAAUAUAUAUCAAUCAUAUAAUUUUUCUUUUAUAUCAUCAAAAAUAUAUUUAUUGAAUCACUGCAAGUUCUUUUCCAAUUUGUAUAAAAGCAUUUACAGCACAGUCUAUAUCUUCGAUCGAAUGAGCUGCGCUAAUUUGAACACGUAUUCUCGCUUUGUCUUUUGGUACUACAGGAUAGCUGAAUCCAAUGACGUAAAUUCCCUUUUCUGUAAGAACAUUUUUGCUCAAUGCAAUAAAACAAGAUGUAAAACUUUAAAAA